CGGAAGGGUCUCCGAUACGUUAUCUCGGCUCAUUAAAGUGUAAGUAGAUGAAGCCGGGGAGUAUGUAUUGGCACAGUAGUACGCGUCGUGCGGCAGAGACUACAGCACCAUGCGAGGACUCUGCAGGGGCAUGUUAACGCUGGCCAUCGUGAUGAGUGUGCUCAGUGCCCCAGUGGUGGAGAGUGCCCGUAUCCUGGCAGUAUUCCCCUUCCCCAGCAGAAGUCACAGUAUCAUGCAGUACACAAUAUUGGUAGAGCUUGCCUCAAGGGGCCACGAGGUGGUGGUGUACAGUCCUUACCCUCCGCCCAGCAGUGCUGCCAACAUCACCUAUGUGGAGCUGACCACAUCACUGUUCAACAGGCAGAAAACUUGGAAAUUUGACGACUUCUUCAAAAUAUGCAGCAAAGAAUCUUUUUAUGGUUUUGGUGUGGAUGCUCUAUGGGAAGUAGGGCUAACGGUGUGUGAAGAUGUGCUGAAAGAUAGCAAAAUAUCAGCGCUACUGAACUCAACAGAAAAAUUCGACCUCGUUUUCAUAGAACCUUUAUUUGCUCAAGAAUCUUUCAUAGUAUUUGGCCACAAAUUCCAAGCGCCAGUAGUAAAUUUCCAAGGGUUCGGAACUUGGUCCAUUUUGAACUACAUGUCUGGAAAUUCACUUUCCAUUCCAUAUAUUCCGGACAGCCGUUCUUUUCCGUUUUCAAAUAAAAUGUCAUUCAUGGAAAGACUCCAGAACACAAUAUCAACAGUGAUAACUCUGACCUCUUAUCAUAUGACCCACCUACCCAAGCACCAGAAGUUGAUCCAGCAGUAUUACAAGAACUCUACAUCUCCACCAAUCCUUGAUAUGCUGAGAAAUAUAUCACUGACUCUAGCAAACGCACACCACACUCUGGAAUAUACAAGGCCAUAUACACCCAACAUCGUGCCCAUUGGUGGAGCCCACAUGUCUUCUCAUCAGGAUGAUUUACCUCAGAAUAUUAAGAAUUUUCUGGAUGAUGCCAAAGAAGGUUUUAUAUACUUCAGUUUAGGAACAAUUGUGCCUGCGCAUGUUUUACCGGAUAGCUACACGCAAGCAUUUCUAAAUACCUUCAGGAAAUUACCCAAUAAAGUACUAUGGAAAUUUGGCAUAGACAACUUACCAGGACUUCCAAAAAAUGUAAAGCUAAUUAAGUGGGCUCCUCAACAGGCCGUAUUAGAGCAUCCAAACUGUGUGCUGUUUAUUACCCAUGGUGGAGUAUUCAGUCAGUAUGAGACUUUGCACGCUGGUGUUCCUGUAGUUGGGAUUCCUUUUUUUGGAGACCAAAGGUAUAAUGUGAAGUACUAUGAGGAUCUUGGUGUUGGAGUGAAGUUGGACUUCUUGACUAUAACAGAAGAGACAUUUCACACUGCAAUAACAACCGUACUAAAUGACACAAGGUACAAGAAGAACGCAGAAAGCCUGUCCAAGAUUGUCCGAGACAAGCCGAUGGCACCCCUGGACUCAGCAGUGUUCUGGAUAGAAUAUGUGCUGAGACAUCCAGGUCAGCACCUCAGGCCUGCCUCAGCACUGCUGCCCUGGUAUCAGCUGUGGCUACUGGACGUGGCAACAACAAUAAUCAUCUUCCUCAUACUGGUAUAUCUAAUUCUGUAUAAGCUUUCCAGGUAUUUGUUGAGCUGUUGCAACCGUAAAAAAACUUUCAGUAUUUCAAACCACAAGAAAAUAAAAUAAAUAUUUUUACAGAAA